UUCACCAUUCCUCCACUUAUUCGCGCCCCACUCUUCAGUUGCUCCUCUGUUUCUUCUCUUUUCUUUCAUUUUCCUUUUUGGAUUGUCUUUUGCCUUUUGGAUUGGCCAGUUUGCCUCGCUCACAGAUCUAUAGGUGAAGGAUGAUGGCAUGUUCUUGUCCUCCCCCUUUUUUGGUCUGACUCCUUCCGAUGCUCCUCAGUAGUUUUCUCUGGAACAGCUGUAUGGCCAGACAUUUGGGACGAUGCGGCCGAUUUAGGAGGUUGUUUUCUGAUUGGACGGGGCGGUGCAGCGGCAGGGAGUUGGGGUUGGCAGAUGGCCGCACACCGGGUGCCCGGCGGGGGCGGCGGUGGGGGCUUAGGGUGCAGCGGGCAUUCGCGGGGUGCCACGGCCGGCAGGUGGCUGACAGCCUGUUUCUUCCCCUCAGGGAUUGACGGCUCAGAGCCCAUGGUGCUGGAGCAGUACGUGGCCGUGGCCAACUACGAGAGGCAAGAGAACUCUGAGAUCAACCUCAAGGCCGGCGAGACCGUGGACGUGAUUGAGAAGAGCGAAAGUGGUUGGUGGUUCGUCAGCACAUCUGAGCAGCAGGGAUGGGUCCCGGCCACAUACCUGGACUCCCAAAAUGGGACCAGAGACGAUUCAGAUCUGGCCACCUCCAGGACCGGAGAAGUCACUAAGAGAAGGAAGGCUCAUCUGAAGAGGCUGGACCGCCGCUGGACCCUCGGUGGUAUCGUUAACCGCCAGCAGAGCAGAGAGGAGAAAUAUUUGACUGUCCAGCCGUACACCAGCCAGGGGGCGGAUGAAGUGAGCUUUGAGAAAGGGGUCACCGUGGAGGUAAUCCAGAAGAACCUGGAGGGCUGGUGGUACAUCAGAUAUUUAGGGAAAGAAGGAUGGGCCCCAGCUUCCUACUUAAAGAAACUAAAAGAUGACUUCUCGCCUCGCAAAAAGACCCUGACAGGCCCCGUGGAGAUCAUCGGAAACAUCAUGGAGAUCAGCAACCUGCUGCAGAAAAAGUCGGUCAGCGAGAAGGACAUCCAGACAGACGCAGAAGGAGGCACCACGCUGGAACGCCACAUCAACAAGAGCGAGAUCAGCCUGCCCAUGCCCUACAACUCCGAAAUCAAUGCUGAGACGGGCAGGAGGCUCAGCGCCGGCCGGGACACCAACAGCCCCUGCCUGGGGAUAGCCGCCAGUUCUGCUCUCAGUGAGAAUAAAGCCAGAGGAGAACCCGGGUCCCCAGCUGUAGCACGAGUGGCUCCACACAGAGUGGAGAUAGGCUUCGAAGCUGUAGGGUCUCCAAAUCUGAGGCAGAAACCUCCUCCAAGAAGAGAAGCCAACCUGGGCCUUCAGUUACCCAAGCCACCAGAGCCCCCUGCUGUGGAAGCAGAGUAUUACACCAUAGCAGAUUUCCAGUCCUCCAUCUCUGAUGGCAUCAGUUUCCGUGGAGGACAAAAGGCUGAUGUUAUAGAGAAGAACCCAGGAGGUUGGUGGUAUGUGCAGAUUGGGGAGAUGGAGGGCUGGGCCCCCUGCUCAUACAUCGACAAGCGCAAGAAGCCCAACCUCAGCAGACGGAGCAGCACUCUGACUCGACCCAAGGUUCCCCCGCCAGCUCCUCCGGUGAAAAAACAGGACUCUGAGGAGGCUCCUCAACAUCAAAAUCCUGUCAUUAAAGCCCCAGAGCAGCAAGGCAGACAAGUGUUUGAGGAACCGGAAUACGAUAUCCCUGCAGUCGGAUGUGAGGGCGAAUCUGACGCUGAGUUUCUGAAGAACGAGCGCUCUCAAGAGCUGAAAACCAACAAUGCGGUCACCGAAAAGUACCAUAGCUCCCCUCCUUCAAGUAAAGCUCCGGCUCCAGUAUGUAAAGCGUCCCCGGUUUUCGCUCAUCGGAGAACCUCGUUCAGGUCUGUGGAGGAGGUCAGUAAAGAGGAAUGUAUCUAUGAAAACGACGGCUUCAGGCUGAACAGUGGGAGUGAAGGAACCAGAGUUAAAGGCUCCAGCGAACCCAGUUCCCCUCGGAGCUACCAUUCCUCAACAGUCCCACGGAAACCCUCUGGAUCUUCCCCUUUAGCUGGUUUAUCCAGGAAAACCGUCACCCCAGAGAUGAGCAGAAGAAGCCAGACUCUAGGCAGACAUGUAGACAUGCGGUCUCAGGACAGCAGCCCUCACUCUUCAUCCGACGAACAGGGUAGAGGAAUAAAGAAUAGUCCUGCCCUAAAACGAGAUGUGGAAACAAGAAUUGGCCAAAGCCCGUCCACCAGACCCAAGCCCUCUGUCAGACCUAAGCCCCUCCUGACCAAGUCAGAACCCCAGAGUCCUGAGAGAAUGGACAUCAGCUCUCUGAGACGGCAGCUAAGGCCUGCCAGUCAGUAUCGGCACAGCCUCAAACCGACCCGUGGAGACGACUCGGAAACAGCCUCUGUCAUCUCCUCAGAGGGCUCCAUGUGUUCCCGCAGUACGUCUGAUCUGUCCUCUGUAUACUCUAAAGGGAGCCGAGGUGACUCAGACGUGGAAGGCCCAGCUGUGUACCGCUCUGUAGAUGUUUACAAGAAGGUCCAGGACUCUGAGAUCAGCUUUCCAGCCGGGGUGGAGGUGGAGGUUCUGGAGAAGCAGGAGAGUGGGUGGUGGUACGUCCGCUGGGGCUCAGAGGAGGGCUGGGCUCCCUCCUACUACCUUGAACCUGUCAAGAAGAUGGCUGAUGUCAGCAUGUUGGAUUCGAACGGAAAGAGAAACGGGGGCAAAAAGUCCAACAGCCUGGAGAAGAAUGAGCAGCAUGUUCUGGCUCUGAACAACAUCAACAUUCAGGGUCUAACCCAGCAGCACCAAGGUCUGAGAGGGAAUUCUCCACCAAUUCCUUCAAAGCCCCCAGGAGGGUUCUCUAAGCCCUCUGGAUUGGUAAACGGAGGUGUACGGAUGAGGAACGGCGUACGGCAGGUGGCGGUGCGACCCCAGUCCGUUUUUGUGACCACAUCACAGACGUCUAAGGAUUCCCACUACAUGACCGGUUCCUUGAGAAGAAACGAGUCCCUUGGCAGAAGCGACCACUACAGCUCCGGUUCAGCAACUCUUGGAGUUCGCAGGAAUGCCUCUUUCAGUACCGUCCGUCCACACGUCGUUGUCGAGAGCCAGACGAGGCCCGUUGAGCGCUCCGGACUGGGCUGCUCAGGAAGCGCCUUCAGCACCAACAACGUCCCGGACGCCCUGAGCAGAGUCAGCCAGCGCAACGGGAUCCCCGUGUCCACCGUGCGCCCAAAGCCCAUCGAGAAGAGCCAGCUCAUCCACAACAACCUCGGCAGGGACGUGUACGUGUCCAUCGCAGACUACCGUGGCGACGAGGAGACGAUGGGUUUCACUGAAGGAACAUAUCUGGAGGUGUUGGAGAGAAACCCCAAUGGAUGGUGGUACUGCCAGGUACAGGACAGCCUGCUGCCCCGCAAGGGCUGGGUCCCGUCUAACUACCUGGAGCGGAAAAAAUAGAACCAGGAGCUUCACUACAGCUGAUGUCCUCAUUAAGCCAGGGGCGGAGAGUCCCUACGAAUGUUACCCACAAUCCCCCUGAAGCAAUAUGUCCUUGAUAAUGUACUUAUGAAAAGGAGGAGAAGGAGAUGGAAGGGAUGUUUUUUAGUGUUGGUUUACAGAUAAGUUUUCAGAGAAUGAGAGAAACUAGACCUAAAACUUGAAGACCUUUGAGGCAGCAAGGCUGUGGAGGACAUUGAUGUACCGAGGAAGAGCGAAACCUCUUAAAGCCAAGCAGGAUACUGGCUCGCUGAUAACAAUGGCCAAUAAGUGCCUUUUGUGUUUGACCACCCGGCGGCAGAAAUUUGAAUCAACCAAAUCUUUUUUUUUUUUUUUUCAAUGAGUGCCAUAGUCCUGCGAACACCACCAAGAGUAUUACCAUUAGCUAUUCAGAGAUCCGUUAUUGAGUCCAAACAGUUUCUGUCCAGAAUCCAAUAACUGGCCUAAUGAACCAAAUGAAGAACAUUAAUUCAUUAAGGAGAUUUUGUUUUUUCAUGAAUGCCUCUGUUAUAUUGUUGCGUUUGAUGCAAGUCUUCCUCUGAGAAUUAUUUCUGCCGUCUUGAAACAUCUGAUUGAAGUUCAAGCUAACUCUGAACAAACAAAAAGGGUUGAAAAAAUGUUUAUGUUUGCACAAAUUGGCACAAAGCGAUGAAUACAUUCCUCAAAGAUGUGAUGAUCUUCAGAUAUAUACUAUAUAUAAAAGCUUUUUCCUUUAAGACCAAAAACCCAUUGCAAAAUAAUUACUUUAAAAAGAGUUUUAGCUCCAGGAUAUUUUGGUUUCUGAUUGUAUUUUUGUUUUUAUGUGCAUAAAAUAAAGCUGCUGUUGGUGCAACAUGUCAAAUAAAUGCUGGAAGUGAGAAAUAAAAAUAUCCCAGGGACACACCAAAAUGUGAACACACCAAAGAGGAGCUUCUUUUCAUUGGGAGAAACAUAUUUUUCUAUAUUAUCUAUUAUUUAUGGAUUAAAUUGGGACGCAUUGAGUAUUAAAAUAAGGACACUUUUACUUUGUUCCUGGAAUUGACUUGAGCUGUUUUCACAAAAUUAUAAAACCAAGGAAACAUUAUAUCAAGAUAUUUAAUAUUGGUUUCUCUUACAUUUAUAUUAGUUUAGAAGCUUUUAUUCAGUAAAGUUUCUUAAUCUCCUUAAAUAAAACUUAGCAAUUAUGGAAAAACACAUCAUAUGAAUAUCCCACCACCAGAGUUAUUAUUGAACUUACAGAUUUAUUGACUGAUGUUCAAGACUGCUGAAAUACAUUUUCUAUCACACCCUUUAGGCUACAUGUGUGUUUUAUUUUAUUUAUGUUUCUGCUGGACAGUAUCAUAAUCCUUAACAAAGUACAUUAACUGCUCAAAGUUUAUUUCAACAAAACCAUACCAUUAUUCUUUGCUCUGUGAUCACACAACGGCAAUAAUGAAGAAUGAAGUUGUUCUGUUUUGUGAAAUUAAUGCACUUUAAAACAUUUUUUUUAUGGUGCAUUAAUGUAAAGAUGCAGUAAGUACUCAGCAUAUUAUUUAUUACAUAUUUUUUGUUUAAGUAUUUAAAUAUUUCAGCUCCAAUGCUGCGUCAGCUGUUUUGGUACAAUUGGUGAAACAGAGACCUCUUGUGGAGGCUGUGAGGUACUACAUCAUUUGCUACCUCAGUGCAAAAAUAAAAUGCACUGCUGGUCAGUGAGUAUCUCCAAGAAAUCUUUAUUGUUCCUUUUAAUCAAAGUGCAGCUAAAUUUACUUGAUUAAUUUGUUACUAUUUAAUUUCUCUUAUCGGGCACUAAUUUAUUUUCAUUUAUUUAUGCUGUGGCCUGCAACUUUAGCAAAUCACGAGCACUUCUUUCAGCUUUAUUGGUCUUUACAUAAUGCCUGAUUUAAAGCAUAUUUAUUAUGAGAUUUAGAUUUUUGUUUCUUGCAUGAUUUGACAGUCAGCAUAUUCACUUUGUUAAAGAAUCUUCCCAUCAGAAUGAUCUGACUCUCUGCCUCAUUCAGAGUUUUAUACUAUAUCGCAAGGGAUGGUGUAAUGGAAACGAAGAAUUAUGGAUGGAUGGAAUUGGAGUUUGGUUUUGUAGGAAUAAGGGAACUUUUCCUCCCUGCUUUGCUGAUCUUUUAACCUCCAGCCUUCAUGAGUUACCAUUAUAGUUAAAAGUACAAGAUCCUGAUAUCAAGGCACUGAAAUUAGGUUCCUUCAAGCAAGGAUUCAAAAUGAAAUGGACUUGGUUUCCAGUGUAAAGGAUCUUUUUUAUUGUCACCCUUUACAACCAUCUUUACAGGGCUUUAAUGUGAAAGGUCAACACAGAGUAAAGCAUAACUGCUACGUGGAAGGAGGUGUAGGCUUAGCACACUAUGUAAUAGAAGCGAUUAGCUGAGGGCCUCUGGCUAUCUGCUGCCCUUCCCUUUCAUCCUAACAAGCAACCAAUCAUUAACGGCUUCUAGUGCCAUGAAACCCUAAAAUUAAUAACCAGAAAGGUGUUAAACACAUUUUAUUGCAGUUACUGUAAAAAAUAUGGAAAAUUGUUUUUCUUUCCAAAUGAGCUCAGUCUAACUGGAUGCAAGCUUCUUUGAUCAAUGUGUCUUGAGUCUUACCACUGAUUUUCUGAUGGAGUUUAGGCUCUGGACAUUGACUCGGCCAUUUUAGUACCUGUAUGGGCUUUGAUUGUAGCUCCAGUCUUAAUAUUAAGGGUUGUUGGAAGAGGAACCUUUGCCCUAAUUUGACAGAUUUUACCCAUAAUAGGAUUUCCACUUAUUGCCCCUCUGAUUGGGUUAUAGAUUAGUUCAUGUUUUGGAUUUUUGUGUUGAAACUU